ACCUUCUCUCUCUCUCUCUCCUCACACACACACUCUCUCUCUCUCAUCAUAUACAUAUAUAUAUAUAUAUAUAGAAUUAGAAUGAUACAUCUGCAGAAAACAAAAGAGAUAUUGUACAGUAGAGGUAGCUACAAACUGAAUUGGUAAUAUGGAAAAGCUCCAAUUCCAUUCUCUGCAGCCGCCUAUGAUGAUCCUGAUGGUCAUCAUCUUUCUUCUAAUUCUCCAUGUAUCAUCAUCCUUUGCAGCUCCUCCUCGUCAUGCUCCAUCAGCUUUCAACAUCUCCACUAUUCCAUUCACCACAGGCUUCACCCCUCUGUUUGGUGAACCAAACAUCAUCCCAUCCGCUGAUCAUCAAUCUGUUCAGCUUCAUCUCAACCAAUACACAGGCUCCGGCUUCAGAUCCUCUGACCUUUACAACCACGGCCUCUUCAGCGCCAAAAUCAAGCUGCCAUCAGACUACACUGCCGGCAUCGUCGUCGCGUUUUACACAACAAACGGUGACAUAUUCAGGAAAACUCACGACGAACUGGACUUCGAGUUCUUGGGGAACAUAAGAGGAAAAGCAUGGAGGUUUCAGACAAACAUGUAUGGGAAUGGAAGCACAAACAGAGGGAGAGAAGAGAGGUAUUACCUGUGGUUUGACCCUUCCAAAGAGUUCCACACUUACAGCAUACUUUGGACCACCAAAAAUAUAAUAUUUUACAUUGAUGAUGUUCCCAUUCGGGAGAUAGUACGAAAUGAUGCAAUGGGAGCGGAUUUCCCAUCGAAGCCUAUGGGAUUGUACGCCACCAUUUGGGACGCCUCCGAUUGGGCUACUUCAGGAGGCAAAUAUAGAGCGAAUUACAAAUACGCCCCUUUCGUGGCCGAGUUCACCGACCUCAUCCUCCACGGAUGCCCCAUGGACCCGCUGGAAGAGGUGGUGGCUACCGUUUGUGCUGAAAGAGACAAUCAACUUGCUAGUGCUGAUUUUGCUAGUAUAACCCCUAAACAGAAGUUGGCCAUGAAAAAAUUUAGAUCAAAAUAUAUGUACUACUCCUAUUGUUAUGAUACAUUAAGAUAUCCAGUGCCGCUGCCAGAAUGUGUCGUUGAUCCAGUGGAGAGACAACUAUUUAAAGACACAGGUCGAUUGAAGUUCGACGAAAAACACCGUGGUCGAAGGGUUAAGAAAAGAGGGCAAGUUAUGGGUGCUAGGGACUAUGUAAACCAAGAGGAAGAGUGAUAGUUAUAUACUACUACUACUACUACAUAUUGCUAUGUAAAUGAUAGGUAUUUUUUUUUUUUUAAGAGGGUUUUAUGGGAUUUGGUAGUAAUAAGGUUGCAUUUAUUGAGAGAUUGAAGUGGAAAUUCUUUGAUGUAAAAUAAAUGUGGUGUGUAAUGGUUUAUGUAUUGGAAAUAAUAUUUGAGGAAAUAUGCAAUCCA